AUGUCUACCACUAUUCUUCUGACCCGGGAACAUAUAUAUCCCGCUGCUGCUAUCAUUUCAACGUUUUGGGUAACCUUAUUCCAGACCAUUAAAGUUGGGGCUGCACGCAAGCGUGCCGGCAUCGAGUAUCCUCAACUCUAUGCGGAGAAGGCCGAGGUCAAGGCUUCGAAAGAUGCAAGUAUCUUCAACUGCACACAACGUGCUCACCAGAAUACCCUCGAGAACUUGCCCUCUGUCCUUGCUAGUACUGCCAUCUUGUCACUGAGGCAUCCGCUUGUGGCUGCAUCCAUCUGUGGUAUUUGGUCCUUCUCGCGCGUCCUUUACACCAUCGGAUACAGCACUGGGAACCCCGCUCGUCGCAAUUUCUUCGGCGCCGCUGCCUUCAGUAUCAUCUCCUCGACAUCUCUCCUGCUGGGAUCCACUUGGACUCUCAUUGAACUUCUGCGGGACAUUGCGUGA